CUCUCUCGCUCUUUCCUCCUUCCCUGUCUCUCACUCACUUCUUUGAAAUUUUUACUUCUGAACAUUUUCUUGACUGGUAACACCAGGACUAUAAAGGAAUACUCUGACCUCAGUUUGGCCUCCUCAUCUAGAGGGCAAGGAGGAAUAGCAGACUCACACCCCAAACACCAUUACUGGUGUCAAGAUGUCCCUGAAAGUGCAGACAAGUAACAUCACAAACAAGAAUGACCCCAAGUCCAUCAACUCCAGAGUCUUCAUUGGAAACCUCAACACGGCAGUGGUCAAGAAGUCAGAUGUAGAGACCAUCUUCUCCAAGUAUGGCAGGGUGGUGGGCUGCUCUGUUCACAAAGGCUAUGCAUUUGUACAGUACUCAAAUGAGAGGCACGCACGAGCUGCUGUCCUGGGGGAAAAUGGAAGAGUGCUCGCUGGGCAGACACUAGAUAUAAACAUGGCUGGAGAACCAAAACCCAACAGACCCAAAGGGCUGAAGAGAACAGCAUCUGCCUUGUACAGUGGCUAUGACUUUGAUUACGACUACUACAGAGAUGAUUUCUAUGACAGACUCUUUGAAUAUCGAGGACGGGUCUCUCCUGUUCCUAGAGUGGUUCCUGUGAAGCGUCCACGGGUGACAAUUCCUUUAGUAAGGCGUGUAAAGGCAACCCUGCCAGUCAAGCUCUUUUCGCGAUCUGCUGCCAUUGCAAACAGUUCAGCCAAAUUAAAAUUGAAAUGCAACGAACUACAGACAAUCAAAACAGAGCUGACACAGAUCAAAUCUAACAUUGAUGCUCUUCUGGGAAGAUUGGAGCAGAUUGCUGAACAACAGAAAGCAUCUACAGAGGUAAGAAAGAAAGCAGACGGAAACAAAAGUGAGAUCUCUCAAGAAGACUCAGCAUCAGAGGCAGAGAUUAACACGGAGGAGCCGCUAAACGGGGAAAAGGGUGGAGAGGAAGGCCUGGUGCAGGACGACUGCGAAGACGAAUCGGAGAAUAGCCAUUAUACAGAUGUGGAGGACUCCAGCCUACAGUAACCAGCAUGCCAUUCAGCACAGCAGCCAUGGGAAAAACCAGGAAGACGCAAGAGAUUUAAGUCCUGCCUUGGCAUGUCGAUCCAGACAAUAACAACAUGCUGGACUGUCAUCCUCUCUGCCUGGCAUCCAAAAGGAGAAAUAUGGACCCAUAUCUCUGAGCCGUUUUGUAGUACACAGCAAACUAGUCGUCCCAGUGGAACCCCUUUCAUUGCUCCCACCCCACUCUUGUUCUA